UCGUUGGUUUUAGAUGGAUAUCAUGAGAGAGAUUAUGUUUGAUUUUUAGAAUCUAGGAUGAAGAAUUAUUGUAAUUAGUGAAACAACUAGUUCCCGGAAGGCUGGAAUAGUUUUUUCCUUUUUAAAGAGUAACUUAUGUACGUUAUGAAUGGUUUAACGAGUAACGUAGCUUUAUUACUUUCUCCGUCCAACUAAUAUUCAAACUGCAUUGAAACGGUCUAUCCCAAAUGGGCAAAAUAUGAACUUUUGAGAAGAUGACAUACAAUCGAUCUUCUAUGUGGCUUCUUGAUAUUUGUUCAUCCUACUGGAGAAGUAUGGACUUUUGAGCUUCUAUCUGGACUACCAAAACUGAGAAGAAUUAGCAACCUUAAUUUUGGCAGAGUGAAAUCUGGUGACAAGAAUGAUGACCCGAGAAGGAAACCAUAGCUGAAAGUGCAUAACUCACGGGCGGAUAUGGUGGCAAAGUCGUUCUUCCCGAGUCGGUCUUCUGCAAAUUGAUCGAUGUUGCGAAGAAGAAAUAGAAAUCCAUUUUGGAUGUUAGAAUUCAAAGUACUCCUUUUUGAUGGCUUUGAAGAAGCCUCACUUAGUCACUUCUGUGGAUUUGAUAUCUAAUUUUAAAACCCAUCUGCAUUAAACAAACACCAUCUGUCAUUCCUAUUUCAUUCUCCCUAUCUAAAACCUUCUAACCAAACACACCAUAAGCCUUUCAAUGAAAGGUGUUUCUGGAUUUGAUAUCUAGUUUCUGCUUAUAAAGAUUUUCUUAUGCUACUUGGCAUUACAUGAUUCUAUUUGGUCAUAGUUACGAUUAUGUUGGGUGGCUUUUUUGAUGAUUAGCACUCAAGCGGUUGCGGUUUUACAAUGUUGAGUUUCUGCAGGCCGAUGGCUGAUGAAAGGGAUGAUGGUCCAAAAUCGAACUCAGGUCCUGAAGAGGAUUUAACUCAAUCAGUUAUUGCCCCAUCAACUAUAUUAAGUAUGCCAGUUAUGAACGCUGAAAGUACUGUAGUUGCUUCUGGAAACAAUGUGGAAGGGGACGAAGACGAAGAGUACGGGUUUGAGGAAGAAGAAGAAGAAGAAGAAGAAGAAGGUGAGGAGGAUGAGGAUGAGGAAGAGGAAGAAGAAGACGAAGAAAAACCAGAAGAAGAUAAAGAAGAAGAAAUGGUAAAUGACAAAGAAAAAUCAACGAUAGCAGUUAACAAUAAAGGACUUGAUACAGAGCACAACAAAGGAAAAGCUGUCGGUGAGAAAACCAAUAAGGAAAUUGAUGCCAAAGAAGGUAGGAGGAAAGCUAAUGAUCCAAAAGCUGGCGAUAAAAUUGGUGAGAAGAAAGUUGAAGAUCCUAAAGCUGGAGAUAUAUUAGGUGAGAAGAAAGUAGAAGAUCCUAAAGCUGGAGAUAUAUUAGGUGAGAAGAAAGUUGAAGAUCCAAAAACAGGUGAUGAAUCAAAGAGUAAAGGUAAAAGACCUAGACCUCGGAACAGGAACCAAAAAAGGGAUCCUCAAAAAGAGCCUGAUACGUUGACUGCUAAUGGAGUUAAGCCAGAAUCAUCUACCAGAAAGAAGGCUGCACCAAAAGCAUCUGCGGUGUUGGCUGCAAAUAGAGAUAAGCCAGAGCCUUCUAGCAAAAAGAAAGGAUCAAAAAGGGUUGAUAGCAUGGGGAUGGUCUUCAUGUGUACUUCAAAAACAAAAGCCGACUGCUUUCGUUACAAGGUCCUUGGGCUCCCGGGAAAUAAGAAGGAUCAAGUUGCGAAGAUUUAUAAAGGGAUGAGGCUGUUUCUCUUUGAUGUUGAUCUGAGAUUGCUGUAUGGGAUCUUUAAAGCUGCUGGACCGGGAGGUUAUAACCUUGAACCAAAGGCUUUCAAGGCGGACUUCCCAUCUCAAGUUCGUUUCACCGUGCUUGAUGAUUGUUUGCCACUGGCCGAGGAAAACUUUAAGGGGGUGCUAAAAGAAAACUACUACUCCCGGAACAAGUUUGAAGGUCUACUAAAGGCAGAGCAGGUGAAAAAGUUGUGUAAACUUUUUGUGGAAUUUGGCAGAGGAGGUCCUCAUUCCAAAGCUGCCAUCAAGUCACGCAGAACCCGGCCUGUUGAAAUCCCUCGUAUUAGACCCAUUGAAAGCCGCAGAAGUCGAGCAGAUGAUUCACAUCCAUCUAGACCCCGGGAGAAACGUAAAAGACCGACCCGCGAGGAAGACAGACGUCCUCCUUCUCCACCACGUAGAGAGAAAAGACGUCAUACUGAUUAUGAACGAGUACGAUCCCCUGUUUUGUAUGAGAGGCGGUCUCCGCCUCCUAGAUACCUGCCACCACCACGGCUACCACCACCUGCUAUAGCCUCUCCAGUGAGGUUGUACACCUACGAGAGACCUUUAGAUAUCCCACCUUAUGUGCAUGACCAUGUACCUGAGCAUCACACAUACCGUGUUCGAGAUGUUGAACCACGGGACCGAGACCGUGUACCUGAGCAUCACACUUACCGUGCUAGAGAUAUAGAACCACGAGACCGUGCUCGUAUACCCGAACAUCACACUUACCGUGUUCUGGAUGUAGAACCACGGGACCGGGACCGUUCACGGGAGCGUGACCCUUAUCACGUGUAUAAUAGAGAGGCACCUCCCUAUCGUGAUAUAGGCUACGCCUUACCACCGGAAUACCACCUAUUAAGCAGAGAAUAUCAUCCUCCUGCAGUACCAGCACCAGAGUAUCAUCUUUCUGGAGGUUCUCGUGUACCUAGUUAUCGCGAUAUUGCCCCAGCAAUUGAUUACCGUCCUUCUGCAGCUUCACUACCCGAGUAUCGUUCUCAAACUCAUUACAGAUAUUAGUUCUAUCAUAGUCAUUAAUGUAUAAGUUUGUAAUUUGUUGACUUCCUCAUGGAGCUCUAGCUUCUAACUUGUUUCAAGUCUGUAUGACGUUUUUUCAUCCUUCACAGUACCAUCACAUAGGUCCCUCAAUAAGACAUUUGAUAUGCAUUGUUGCUUGAUA